AUGGCCGGGGUCUUUGCUCUCAUCCUCCUCCAGGCCCUGCUGGCAGGGGCGUUUCCAGCACACAAGCCCCGUGAGCGGGUAGGCUACAACACGGUAUACACUGGCUCGUGCACCUCCACGACAAACGGUGCCCGGACGGUUCUCCUGACAUUCUCGGUCAAGGUAAGCAAGCACUCGAUCAACAUACUAAAGGCCGGAUUCGAUGACACGAGCCACUUCGGAAUCGAACUGGCCAAUCCUCCUGGCGCAUCCAUUACCACAGAAACCGGAGACAGCAAGAGCUACGCUAUCACUGCAUUUUCCAGCACGGUCUUCGGCGGAAAGGCCUCAAGCUUUGUAUACACGCAGUCGGGCCAGAAAUUCACAUGCACAAGCGGAGAAGGUGCCAGCUGCCUAAUGGACUUCAACUUCGUCAACAGCAAGUUUACCACCUCAGAAACAAAGCCGUGGGCCGAUCUUGUCACAGAGAAGGUUAGGCGACACUGGCCCAAGCUCAAUGGAGUGCCCACAGGCCCUCCCCCCGCCGAGCGCCUCAUGGCAACUGUUAAACUAUCGAACCUAUCGACAAGUUCAUCAACAACUACUGUUACCACCAUGACUGUCUCUUCUCUUAAAGACGUACUCGAGAAGAACUAUGGCAAUAUAGUGAGUGGCGUCACCUUAAAGUCAGACGGUAGCACUACUGCAGAGUCGCCCACGUGCACGUUCACUGUCGCAAUGGAUUACGAUAUUGGCUGGACAGUUUGGCCCCUUGCCCUGACGGUUACCGUGGGUAUCCUGGUCACGGUUGCCAUCAGCGUGCUCAAGUGCUGCCCUUGCGCCGCCGUCAAGAAGCUGUACGACCGCACCAAGGCCACCGCCCUUACUCAGCCAGACGCCCUCACUGCAGAGCCAACCAACGACCCGUCAGAGGUUGACGUGCCUGAGGAGACCCUCAAGGUAGAUCAGGAGUAG